UUCGCCUUUGUGCCUUGACUAUGUUGCGAGCUCCGACGUUGUCGAGGAUUUGCAGGAGAAUGGAAACGUAGCCGUCCCCUGCCCCAUCUUCUGCUUCUCACUUUCGUACUCUCACACUUCCUUGCUCUCCUGGGCGGGGUUUCAUGUUCUUCGUGUCAGUGGCUUUUGGAAGCAUCAUGCUGUCUACACCCAACGUCAGACGUACCCUUUCUCCUCCUCCCCCUUGGAUGGUAGACUCUGCACCACCGCCUGAUUAUCCGCUCACCUUACGUUUUGCUUUGCGUCAAGGCAAUUUUCCAUCGCUGGAGAAGAAGUUGUUGGACAUCAGCAAUCCUUUAAGUCCUCGCUGGAGACAACAUUUGACAAAGCAGGAAGUUGAGAACUUCACGCGGCCGACCAAUGAAACUCUGAGAGCGGUUGAUGCGUUUCUGUCAUCUCAUGGGAUCAACCUGCAUGCUGCUCAUCGCUCUCCAGCGCUGGAUUGGAUCAGUGUCAAUGUAACAGUCUCCAAGGCAGAGGCCAUCCUCAAUGCAACGUAUAUGUUGUAUUCGAGCGUCUAUUCCGGGAAAAUGCUGCUACGAUGCGCUUCUUACGACCUCCCAAACGAAGUUCACCCUCAUAUUGAUACCGUCCAACCUACGAACUACUUUGGACCACCGGAGGGGCGGCGGAGUGAUUCUUUUGAAAGGGUCGGUCUUCGUCAUUCCUGUGCGCGGCAUUGCGGGGAUCUGCUACAUCCCGGCGAUGGAGGCCUCACAAUGGCUCGCCGGUCAGGAAAGCCCAGGCGACUCCAAGCCCCGUCUGGCUUUGUUGACCCCCAAUAUCUCAUGUCGGUUUACGGUUUUACGAACUACACCGCAUCGUCCAAUCGAAGUAUGAUCGCAGUUGCCAACUUUCUUGGGGAUCGUGUCAAUUUAGAAGAUACGAAACUCUUCUGGGAAAAAUUAGCACCUCAUGCACUCAAUAGUACGCCCUCAAUCGAAAAUGUGAAUGGAGGAUCCUAUCACCAAUACCCGGGAUCAGGUACUCGAGAGGGGAGUCUAGACUUCCAAUAUGCCAGCGCCCUGACAUACCCCACAAGAACAGUUAUCUACAGCACGACCGGACUAGGACCCGGGAGCACAAACUCUAUGAGCAAUGAACCAUAUGACAUCUUGCUGCCGUACAUGUUAGCCAAAGAGGACGAUAAGCUUCCGACCACAAUGUCUAUCAGCUAUGCGGAUGAUGAACGUUCUAUUCCGAUUGAUUAUGCUACGCGGAUUUGUCAAAUGUAUGCAGAACUUGGCGUUCGGGGCGUUAGUGUCCUUCACGCAAGUGGCGACCACGGGGUGGGAGGGACUACGCCCUACUCUUGUCAGAAUACGAGAGGUGCUUUUGUACCGUCAUUCCCCGCGAGUUGUCCCUAUGUUACUGCUGUCGGAUCUACUAGUUCAUGGCCUGAGGUCGCUGCCUAUUUCAGUGGCGGAGGGUUCAGUAAUUACUUUAUAAGGCCUUCGUAUCAAAAUGAAGCUGUGUCGUCCUACGCGAGCCGGAUGGGUGGCCAGUUUCGAGGAAAAUACAACGACAAAGGUCGCGCAUAUCCGGACAUUGCUGCCCUAGGGAUGUCUUAUUUGUACAUUCUGAAUGGAACUGUUGUUGAAACCAAGGGUACCAGUGCAUCCACACCCACGGUCGCUGCCAUUGUUUCGCAUUUGAACGACAUGGCUCUUAUGAAACGGGGCAAAACACUCGGGUUCCUUAAUCCACUGCUUUACCAAUUGCAGGGCAGGGGUAUGAAUGAUAUCAUCAAUGGCAGCAAUCCUGGGUGUAACACAGGGGGAUUCGAAGCCACGGAUGGAUGGGACCCUGUUACGGGAUGGGGUUCUCCCGAUUUCCCAAGUCUUGCAAACAUUAUAAAUAGGAUGAACACAACUCCCCCUACCAGCGGAACUGCCUUCUCCGUGUUCCCCAAUCCUACAAACCUGGCAGGGAGCGCUUCGCUCACCGUAACCCCACCAUUGAUGGGCACCGAGUUGGUAUUGAAUGGAGCCUGCUGCAUAUUGUUAUUUCUUCUAUUGUUUAUCUAAUCUAGAGGCUCUUGGCUUCAACGACCACACAGACGCAUUGUUGUUCGCGCUGGAACAGAUAGGUGAAGGUGCAAACUGAUCAAUAUUGUAAGACU